GUUGCUUCUUCCUCUGGCUGCAUCAGUGGAGAUCUCAUUAGUAUCUUUAAGGCUGUUCUUAUUUUAAGCAACACUCUAACACGCUAAAGCCGACUUACUGCUAUGGGAUUACUUUCGCUUGGAACACCACUGAAAUGGUCUGAAGCCAAGCAAUACGCGGACCAUGUUCGCUCUCAUGGUAUUGACCAGUUUUUGGCCAUCUACAACAAAAUGAAGGACAAGCAAAAGGAUUGUCUAUUGUGGGGUGACGAGGUUGAAUAUAUCGUUAUCUCAUACGAUGACGAGCACAAAAACGCCAAAAUUUCCUUGCGUGUGUUUGAAAUGCUCGCCAUAUUGCAAGUGGACGAACAGGAGUGGCUCAAGGAUCCUGAGAAUCAUCCAGCACCAGCAACAUCCUGGCGUCCGGAGUAUGGAAGGUUCAUGUUGGAAGGCACACCUGGAUCUCCGUAUGGCAGUACUCUAAAGGAUCUUUUGCUUGUCGAGCCCAACAUGAAGCUUCGCAGAAAGCUUGCUCAUCAAACCAUGAAGUCAAACGAGAUACCGCUCACAAUUGUCAGCUAUCCUCGACUUGGUUGUCAAGGCGAAUUUUUAGAUCCACAUUAUGAGCCACUUGGAGAUUCUUGCCGAAGUUUAUUUGUUCCGGAUGAGAUUAUCAACCCUCACGCUCGUUUUCCAACCCUAACCGCCAAUAUUCGACGCCGACGUGGCUCUAAGGUUGCCAUUAACAUGCCAAUUUUUAAAGACACGAACACACCAUCGCCAUUUAUCGAUCCCACAAUUCCAUGGGACCGAAAUGUCUUUCCUGAAGAUAAGGAGGCAAAGGAAGGCGCGGCAAAACCUGAUCAUAUAUAUAUGGAUGCUAUGGCUUUCGGUAUGGGCUGCUGCUGUUUACAGAUCACUUUUCAAGCAUGCAAUGUUGAAGAAGCGAGAAGACUUUAUGAUCAACUAGCGCCAGUUGGUCCCAUUAUGUUGGCUUUGACGGCGGCAGCACCCAUUUAUCGUGGCUAUUUGGCUGACGUAGAUUGCAGAUGGGAUGUCAUUGCCAGUAGUGUUGACGAUAGAACUCCAGAGGAGCGCGGCUUAAAGCCUCUUGAAAACGAUAGAUUUGUCAUCAACAAAUCUAGAUAUGAUUCUGUUGAUUCUUAUCUCUCAACAGAUCCGAUGUUCAAGCAAAAGUAUAACGACAUCGAUUUGGUGUAUGAUGAAGAAAUCUACAAAAAAUUGCGAGCUAACGGCAUUGAUGAUCAGCUUGCAAAGCACGUAUCUCACCUUUUCAUUAGGGAUCCUCUCGUCAUCUUUAGAGAACUUUUAGACCAAGAUGACAAUGUCUCAUCCGAUCACUUUGAGAACAUCCAAUCCACGAACUGGCAAACCAUGCGAUUCAAGCCACCACCACCAAAUUCAACCAUUGGCUGGCGUGUGGAAUUCAGGAGCAUGGAAAUCCAAAUGACUGAUUUUGAAAACACAGCGUUUGCAAUUUUCAUUGUUCUUUUGACUCGUGCAAUCUUGAGCUUUGGCCUCAACUUCUACAUUCCCAUAUCUAAAGUCGAUGAGAACAUGAAAAAGGCACACAAACGAGGAGCGGUAAUGAAUGAGAAGUUCUACUUCCGCAAGAAUGUCUUUACUAAGCACCAGCCUACGUCAAGGCAACCGUCACCAAGCUCAUCCACUUCUACAUCAUCCAAGAAGAAUGGUCAAGACGAAGUGUUGGAUGGAGAUGUUGAUGAAGAGAACGAGGAUGAAUUGGAUGCUUAUGAGCAAAUGUCAAUCGACGAAAUUAUCAACGGCAAAUCUGGAGGCUUCACUGGUCUCAUACCUCUGAUCAAUAGCUAUCUGAAUAGCGUUAACGUCGAUAUUGAAACACGAUGCCAGCUGUCACGAUAUCUUGAUCUUAUCAAGCGUAGAGCAAAUGGCAGCCUGAUGACGGGAGCAACUUGGAUGAGACAAUUCGUGCAAAAUCAUCCUGACUAUAAGCAUGAUUCAGUAGUCUCGCAAGAGAUCAAUUACGAUCUUAUGAAGACGAUAGAGAAAAUUAGCAACGGGGAAUUAGAAGUACCGGAAUUGCUUGGUGAGCAGCAUGCAUAAUAAAUUACAAAUUGAGUUUUCAUUCUGUCUA